AUGAGGAGAAGUAAUGAUGGGUGUACCGUUGUGGGAUUUGAAAGUUCGCGAGGACCUAUUGCUGGUUGGAACUUGUAUGGCAACCAAUUAACUGAUCUAAACCAAGGUGUAUUCAUUGGUUUGACCAGUCUUCGAACAUUAAAUGUUAUCUGGUUGGAUGCAUAUACAACCAGUAGUGAUCCAAAAGUUAUCGCCGGCUAUUAUAUACAUACAGUCCAGAAGAUAAUGGGAUGUCCAGUGUUUAUUCGGACAGAUCUUGGAACGGAAAACACUGUCGUGGGCCAGUUACAACAGUUUCUUUCAAAUAAUGAUAGGCGAUUUAUGCAGGGCACGAGCCAACAUAACCCACGAAUUGAGUGCUGGUGGAGCAUGUUAAGAAAGCACUGUUCUCAAUUCUGGAUGAGUUUGUUUCAAAAACUGAAGCACGAUGGGAAAUUUAGUGGUGAUCAUCUGGACAGAUCUUUAAUCCAGUUUUGUUUUAUGAAGCUUAUUCAGGAUGAUAUGAAUACUGUCGCUAAAGAGUGGAAUGCCCAUCGCAUAACCCCUUCAAGGAAUCGCCACGGACCGUUUGGACGCCCGGUAAUGAUGUAUAAUGUGCCACAAAUGUUCGAGGGACAGGAUUUCCUUGUACCUGUGGACGAUGAUGAAGUAGAGCUAUGCAACAGCGAAUGUACUUUCAAAAGUCAAUUCCCGUGCGACGAAGACGUAUUUGAACUGUGUUUAAUCUUUACUAUACUUACAAUGUCACAGGGACAAUCCCUUAAAAGGAAAUUACAUCCAGAAGCCGUUCCAACAAUUAACCAUACAGGGAAAAGAGAGCUACCUGUAGGUGCCAGCAUUUCAGAGACUCCAAGAUCUGCCUACAAAAAACGUGAAAUUAGAAGGAUUCUGCAAGAAAACAUAAACUAUGGGAAUGUAGAUCACAUUCAAGAGCCACCUGAUGUACAACUGGAAGUAGAGGAAGUUAAUUUAAAGGAAUCACCACAAAUUUAG